AUGUCUGCUCCAACAGGAAUCCAAACCUACAACUCAGCGCCCGUCAACUCCAACCAGGAGGAAGAAGGCACCCACGCAACAACCUCACAGCCCGAACCCGCCACCGCAAUCGAGUCACUAGCAAGCGCACCCUCACAACCUCAACCAGUACACGCAACAACAACAGCAACAGUUACAGCCCCCUCCAACCCUUCAAUCACCACAACCGCCGAGCCCAUCCCCUCAGAACCAGCACCACCCCAACCAGGCGCCACAGCAGUGCAACCCACCCCAACGGCCACAGCCGCGGUGGAACAACCACCACCACCAACAACCUCCCUUCCCGAGACAGCAACAUCCACAACCCAGACUCCACCCGCACCCCAACCGGGUGCCACCCCAUCACCAUCAACAGCAUACACAGGAGGAGUAGGAGCAGGAGCACCAGCUCAAUCCUCCUCCCCAAUCCCUCCACCCCCCAAAGCCGGCGAGACCAUCUCCCAACCACCAAUACAAGCAGCGCAGCCAACCCAAAGCUACGCACAAUCUUACUCCUACAACACGCCAACUCUGGGUGCGCAGACUGUAUCACCGAACUCGACCUCCUCGCCUUAUUCGUCUGUGUACCAGACGCAGGCGGGAUCAUACGCUCGUCCGCAGACGCAGAAUCUGCCGCUGCAUUACGGUGCUGGUGCUGGUACCGGGUCUGGGGGUGGGGCGGAUAGUAUUUUCCCCGAAGAGGAGGAGGGGUUUAUUGGUGCGGCGAAGGGGUGGAUGAGGUGGUCUGGGAAUAAGUUGGCGGAGGUUGAGAAGGAGGUUUGGAAGAAGAUUAAUGAUGUUCAUGAUUAG